AUGAUUAAUUUGCUCUACAUCCCUUACAAUCUGAUAUCUGGUGAAUUAGACCCAAGAUUGUUCACAAAUUGGACAAAACUAAUUAACCUUGGGCUUCAAAGCAAUAAUCUUACGGGAAGAAUCCCACCCCAGAUCGGACUCCUUUCGAAUCUCGAAGAGCUAGCCCUCCUUGAGAACCAAUUUGUCGGUUUUAUACCGUCUGAAAUUGGAAACCUAAAGAAUUUGGUUGGAUUGGCUUUAAGCAGCAACUAUCUUAUUGGUCAUAUACCUCCAUCUUUGGGUAAUUUGAGCAAUUUAAGAUCUUUAUACCUCGAUAGUAAUCAACUCUCUGGAACAAUUCCUACCAACAUUGGUACAUGGAGAAAAUUAGUUGGAUUACUCCUACUUCAAAACUAUCUGUCUGGAUCAGUACCUCAAGGAAUAGGAAACCUCUCAUCUUUGGUUCAUCUCCACCUUAGGGACAACAAUCUUUCUGGUCGCUUACCGCAACAAGUUUGUCAACGUGGACUUCUACAAACGUUCACUGCAUCUAAAAACCACUUCACUGGUCCCAUCCCAAUAAGCCUGAGAAACUGCACAGGCUUAAUCCGUCUACGACUUGAUCUGAACAAGCUUAUAGGAAAUAUAGACGAACACGUUGGAGUAUACCCAAACCUCACUCAUCUUGAUCUUAGCGACAACAGAUUACAAGGAGAAAUCCCACCCAACUGGGGGGGUUUCCAAAAUCUAAUGCUGCUAAACCUCUCUAGAAAUAUGAUCAGUGGGAGAAUACCACCUGAGCUUGGCCAGUUAGCUCAACUAAGGGAAUUUGAUCUCUCUUCAAAUCAACUUGUUGGAGAGAUACCAAAGCAACUCGGAAGACUUCCUGCUUUAUUCUUUCUGAGCUUAAGAGACAACCAACUUUCAGGCCAAAUACCGCUUGAAAUUGGAGAACUAUCUAACCUGAAGUACCUAGACCUCUCAACAAACAAGUUGGUUGGGCAGAUCCCAGAGCUACUAGAGGAUUGCAGCAAACUAGAGUAUUUGCGCUUGAGCAACAAUUAUUUGAACGGGACUAUUCCAUAUCAGAUUGGAAAUCUGGUAUUUCUUCAGUCACUGGAUAUUAGUAAAAACUCACUCACCGAAGAGAUACCAACACAGUUGGGAAAGCUAGUUGUGUUAGAAAAAUUAAACCUGUCCCACAAUGAGCUCAGAGGUUCCAUUCCGUCGUCACUCAGUAAUAUGAUUUCUUUGUCCAGUAUUGAUUUUUCGUACAAUAAUUUGGAAGGUCCUAUUCCUGAUAGUGAUGUCUUUCAACGGGCAUCAGAGGCGGCAUUCAUCAACAACAAAGGCUUAUGUGGUGAAGUAAAAUUUUUACCUCUGUGCAAUCCAUCUCCUCGUCAUAAGAAAGAAGACAAGAAAUUUGUUUUGGUUAUUGUUGUUUCUCUCUUGGCAGCACUGCUACUUGUGUUUAUACCUGUUGCUAUCUUCUUCCUAUGCAAUAGGAGGGGACAAGAAAAAGGCGAAAGCGCUUCAAACAGGGAAGAUAUUUUUUCAUUACUGAAUUUUGAUGGGAAGAUUGUCUAUGGAGACAUCAUUGACGCCACAGAAGAUUUCAACAGCAGCUACUGUAUCGGGGUAGGAGCAACUGGAUGUGUUUACAAAGCAGAGCUAGCAACUGGUCACGUAUUAGCAAUAAAGAAGCUUUGUCCCCAUGAAGAAGAAGAAGUAGAGAGGUUGAAAUGUUUCAGGAAUGAGAUACAAGUGUUAACAGAAAUUCGACACCGAAACAUCGUGAGAUUUCAUGGUUUCUGCUCUCACCAACAGCACAAACUUCUGGUGUAUAAAUAUAUGGAAAGGGGGAGCUUGGCAAAUAUGUUGAGCAGUGAAGAAGGAGCAAGGGAGUUAGACUGGGUGAAGAGGAUUAAUGUGAUUAAAGGUGUAGCCCAUGCUAUGGCUUACCUGCACCAUGAUUGCAUUCCCGCCCAUAAUCCAUCGAGAUAUAUCAAGUAAAAACAUUUUACUGGAUUCAGAACUUGAGGCUCACGUCGCUGAUUUUGGCACUGCUAGAUUUUUAAAGCCCACUGAUUCAUCUAACUUGACGAUGCUUGCUGGAACUUAUGGAUAUAUGGCUCCAGAACUCGCUUACACCAUGAUUGUGACCGAGAAAAGUGAUGUUUAUAGCUUUGGCGUAUUGGCACUAGAAGUGAUAAUGGGCAGACAUCCAGUGGAGAUUAUCUCCACCUUGUUGUCAUCAACUGCUGAUCAAACUAUAUUGCCAAAGCACAUAUUAGAUCCACGGCUCUCUACUCCCACAACUCAGCAGGUUUCAGACCAAUUGGAUUCGAUUGUGAAGCUAGCAUUUGCAUGCUUACAUGCUAAUCCGCAAUCCAGACCAACCAUGCUGAAUAUGUCUCAGGAACCAUGUUUCCGUCCAUGAUAUUCAAGGAUGUAGUUAGUAAUAAACUAAUAAAGAUAUGUUUUG